AUGCAGAAUACUGUUGAUGUUUUCUCUCACUUUGCACAUCAAACUGACGUGCACAAUGCCAUCAAGGAGCUCAAGACAGACCCCAGUGAUGGCGACAGUCCGCGAUUUGCACGCAGACAGAAUGAUAGGCAAGGAGAUCGAACUGGGAGGCAACCCACUUGGCCGCAACCCAGGGCCGAUUUUGCAGCAGGCCAACUUCGUAGGCUCUCCCGCUUGGUUGAUGAAGCUGAUCUUGUUGAAUGUGAAGAAGAAGGCAGAAUUGCAUACAUCACGACAUGGUAUCUUCACCACUCUGGGCACAAGACCUGCAGAGACUCGCGUUCGGUGCGACUCUCUGAUCACCCAGAAGAGUGGAAGGCACAGAUUAUCGAAGCUUGGCAAGACGUUGUACGCUUGGACCAAAGCCUUUCGCUGAGUCUGGUCACACCACAACCACCUUGCAGUGACUUUGAAUGCACACAGGCUCAUGUCCUUAUUGAGCAAGGCCAGCAGCCUGACCAAGUUGGAUUUGUAAUUUCUGUCAUUGAUGAGGCAUGCACAGAUCAGCGACGUGCGCAGAUCAUGCAUUCUGCGCAUUCAGAUGAAGCAAUGCAAACACGUGGCAGCAUUAUCCAUUUAGCAAGAUUGCAGACCCUGCAGCCGCAAGGUCAGUGCCGUGUGACCUGGAAGCAAUUUCCUUUUGCUAUCUAUGAUCCUGAAAUUUUGGAGAGUGCCACGAACGUAGUGAUUCAGCUGCCUCGCAAUGAUGUCCCCUUCAGAGAUGAAGUGUUCUCACUCAUGCAGUCGGAGCUCAUUCUGCAGCCUGCUUCAACAGCACAGAACAGUUCACUUCAAUCCGGCAGUCAAUGUGCGGUCGACAUCAAUCAUUCAGCACCGCCGAGAGAAGCCACUGCGUUUCAAUUCAAUCUCAAUGCGGCCCCAUUCCAACCUGGACAGGCCAAUCUUUUUGGAGCCAAUGAGUUUGUAAUUGAUCUUUUUGCACAGUGGAACCAACAUGCUGCCGUUUGGGAUGAAGAAUCGCCUCCUUGCACAAUCGAGACUUGGUUUGUUGAUCACAGAUGGCAGAAUCCACACUGCCGCAACAGCAGACAAAAGCAACUCUUUGCCAAUUAUUGGCAAUGGGAAGAUGAGCUACGGAGAUUGUGGAUUGAAUAUGUUGACGCAAGAAGCAACAUUGAGUUCUACAUCGUCCACCCGAAACCUCCAAGUGGUACGAAUGCUGUAGCAGCGCACGUCAUUUUGGUGCAACAAGAGCGAGAAGACUGGGUCACAAGUUUAGUGAGUGUCUACGAAGCUCGGCCAGAUCGUCCGAGCUUGCACUACAACAUUGCGGUCACAACACAUGAGCAUAUUCUUGUUGACAAUUUACUGCGAGUUGUUGGGCAUGAGACGCACUGCCUUGCGACCAUCCCAUCUCAUGGUUUUGCUGCAUGGUAUCUUCAGAUACCACUUCGCCGCGAACAACCUCUAGCUGGAAGAAGUGGUUAUGGCAUUUCGCUUCAGAUUUGGCAAUUUCGCCUUGCUGACUAUCUGCCACACACUGCUGAACUGCUUGAGGCACAACAUGGCCCAUCUCUUCUGCAAACAAAGGCACAAAGAAGAACAAUUUAUAUCGAAGAAGCUCUUGUCGAGGACAGUGAACAAGACCAGAAAUCUGAUGAGGGCCCAUCACAUGCUGUCAGGCUACGUGCAGGGGACCUCAUUGUCCAGGUGCCCUCCUUUCUGGAAAUUGAUGGUAUGCCCACUGAAAGCAAGAUCGUUGACGAAUUAAAGCACUGGGGUCAUGAUUGCUUUGUAUUUCAAUUUGCGGAGCACCAUGAAUUCCUCUGUCUUUCUCGCGAUCGUACACCUGAUGACAAUGUUCGACACUACAUCUUUGGCAGCACGGACGGCACAGAUCCGAAUGCAGCUUUUCUGCACUCCCACAAAGGAGAUGUACUGAACGAGUUGGACUGCAUGAAGAUUUUGCACAGCUUGGGAUUUUUCAAGACAACUAUCCAAGCGAUUAUUCAGUGUCUGCCAGAUGUCUAUAAGGUCGUCUUUGUACUUCAAAUGUCCAUCCUUGAUCCAGGAAGCCUGCAGUCAAGACAGCCAACACCGUGGCCUGACCGCACUCCUGCGGAGCUGAGGACACAGCCUCGGCCCAACCUUUGUUGUGAAGACGUCCCUGUGGAAUGUGGACCAUGCAAACUCAGCUUAGGAGUCGAUGUUGCUACAUUGGCGUCGUUCUUCUCGCAAGAGGAAUUCCCACUUUGUACAACAUUUGAAGGUCUGCAACUUCCGCCUUCAACGGCAAUGGCACCCUUCUUUGACUGGUCUACAAGUGAAGUUGUGCGAAUUGCCUCUGGAGCCUACAAAGGGCAUCAUGGAACUGAGCUUUGGAUUAGUCUGAAACAGCCUUAUGCUUAUGUGCUGGGUAAACCGCAGUUUUUCCACCGCAGACACUUCACAGUUCGACAUGCUGAUCCACGCACACUUUUGGUCUCCAUUGAUGCACCAUUCCUGAAUGCUUUGGUUUUGGUUGGCCAUGGUCCACAAAGUGGACAGCCACUCUCUGACCGAGAGCAAUGGUGGCAUUCCUGCGGAGAGCUUUGCACGCGACAAAGAGCCUGCGACUCUCAGUACCUGUUUGCACUUCUUGAUGCGAAUGCAGCAGCAGGAGUGCGUGACGACAUUCUUGUUGGUCCACAUGAAGAUGCGCCUAGUGCCAGCACACCAAUGUUGAGAGCGUUUUUGGAUGCGCAGGGACUUUGUCUCCCAGCGACCUUUUCAACGCAUGUUGGCAAGCAUUCCACCUGGACGUCACCCUCGGGUGAGCUGCAAUGUCGCAUUGAUCAUGUGGCCAUACCGCAGUCUUUGCGUUCGAAGUGCGAAUUUUCUUUUGUUGACGAGACCUUUGACCUUGGACUGACCCACAUUGACCAUGAACUGGUGGGCGUGCAGUUACAUUGGCAAGGAUGCAGUCAACAAAGUUUGCAGAUGGCGCAUCAGAAGCAAGGUUUUGAAAGGGCUGAUCUUAGCCGUUUGAGUCUGCAGCCUGACAUGCAGGACUACAAGGUCCCAUGCUGGACUCACAACAUUGAACACCAUGUUGAUCAUUUCAAUGAGUUUGUCAUCACAGCCAUGGAAAAGACGCACCCAAGUCGGAAAAGAGGCCCCAAGAAACCUUAUUUGGAUGAAGAAACAUGGGCAUUGCGAACGUUGAAACUUCGCCAUCGCAAAACCCUACGUGAAAUCCAUCGAAGACAGAAGAUUGAACUGUUGUUUCAAAUUUGGCGUGCUUGGACCCGACAGAUUGGUGAUCAGCAGCAGGCUGACUCUAUCCGAAGUUAUUCAACCACCCUUGCUUGCUGCUCAGUGCGUUGCAUGGCUCAACUCCAUAGUGUUGCUCAGCAGCUGAAGGUCCGACUGUGCAAGGCGAAAGCGCACUUGCUUCAAAGCCGACUUGAGCAGCUGCCAAGAGAAGCCAGUGCUGGUCAGAUACUGCAAGCCAUUCACAAAAUUCAGGGACCCACGAAUCCGAAAAAGAUCAAGAGACGCCCAUUCCCACUGCUGAAGAAUCAAGACGGCACACACUGUGCGUCUGGCAGCCAGAGAAGUGACCGCUGGGCUGAAUUCUUUUGCAACAUGGAAGGAGGAAGGCGUUUAACCCACCAUGAGCUCAGAGAAGGUUGGAUUGACAACUUGAAGCACUUCCGGCAGCAUCAGUUUGACUUGAACUUUGAUUCACUCCCAACGCUUUGUGAUUUGGAACGUGCUUAUUCCCAUGUGCGCAUUGGUCGAGCUGUUGGCAUGGACUCUAUCCCUCCAGAAGCAUGCAAAUACAAUGCUGGCCAGUUUGCGCGUGCCACCUUUUCACAAUUGCUCAAGAUGGCCCUCCAUGGGCAAGAAGCCAUCCCCCAUAAGGGUGGCCGUCUUACUGCAGCCUACAAAGGAAAAGGACGGCCAGGUAUCCCUGUCUACCUUGGCAUCCAUCACUUGCGGGCAUUCCUGAUCUUCAUCAACAUCUUCGAGACCCUUGUGCGCUCCAACAAGCCAUUCCUUGGCCCAUGUUGGAUGGACGACUUGGCAAUACCUGUUGCCGGAAGCUCUGCUGAGGAAGCUGUACGGAAAGUGGGCACUCUAGCAGGACUCCUGCUGGAUCAAUGUGUGAACUUUGCUAUGUCCCCGAAUCUUGCGGCAGGAAAAACCGAGAUCCUUCUUGCCCUUCGUGGUCGCAAGUCCCGACAACUGCGCCAGCAGUUCUAUGGAGCGCAUGGCCGGCGCUUGUUUCCAAUUAUCGGUGAACAUAGCUCCUAUCAAAUCCAGGUUGUGACCCGCUACAAGCAUUUGGGUGGUGUCAUCCAUCAUGGAGGAGAUCAGAGACAAGAAGCCAAACAGCGACUUGCAGUUGCCCAUCAGACAUUUACUCAACAGAGGAAAGUGCUUUACUGCAACCCUUCGCUGGAUUUGAAAACCAGAACGCAAAUGUUUGAGUCCAUUGUCUGCAGUGCCUUCACCUAUGGAUCCGAAUCUUGGUGCUUUGGUACGAUUGCUGAUCGUCAUCACAUUCAUGUUGGCAUUAUCAAGCUUUAUAAGCGAUUGAUUAAAUGGGUGCCGCACAAGCACAAUGGAUGGAAUGAUGAUGAGAUUUGCGAUUUUCUUGGACUGCCGACACCGACGGAGCUCCUGAGGAGGAGUCGACUAGGUGUCGUGAAGUUGCAUCGACGUUCUUUCUCAGUCUUGCAAGCGGCUGGGCGACUUGCGCAAGCAGAGCCAAUGUACACCAAGUCCCAUAGUGACAUGGGGGUGUUUGGAUGCAUGCAAUGUCAACUUCGCUGUAAAACUAAAGGAGGAGAAGGGGCCCAUUUCUUUCGAUGUCAUGGCCAAGCAGCCCCAAUUCGUCGCCUUUUUGCUGAUACGUGGUGCCCGUGUUGUCAAAAAGAGUUUCACACUUUGACGAAGAUGCAAUUGCACAUCAGGAAUGUUGGCGCUUGCCGACGAGACCUUUGGGCAAGGGGACAUCUUUUUCCACUUGGACCUGGCAUUGGGUCUCUUGAGGCUCAACAUGGCGAUCGGCGACAUGACGGAGCUCUACCGCCACAGCAAACACAAGGUGCAAGCCUAGAACCAGUGCGUCCUCGAGACAUCAGGAUCGAGAGCACUGACCUCAUUCUCAAGUUGGUGGAUGCGUUGGCAGAUCGUGAGCCUGACGCUUGCCUAGCUCAGACUUUGCGAGCCACAAUUCAAGCAAUGCCGAUAUCGUGGACACAAUGUUCAGCCACUUUGGCAGUCUUUUUGGAGAGUGUUGAUGAUGAUUUUGCUGGAAUGCUGGGCCUUGAGACUUCGGCGUUGCGGAGGGCGGUUGAGACUCUCCAACGAGUGGAGGCAUGGGAGUUCUUAGAAGAGCCGGCCCUGGGGCAUAGUGGACCUGAUGAUGAAUUGGCCCACUUUGACAGAUGGUGCAGCUCCCUUCUACGAGAAGAACAACCAUGGCAUCCUAACUGCGCUCAGCGAUGCAUUUGUGGGGUCUCUCAGCACUUGCCAUACGUGAACUUGAACAAGUGA